AGGGGUGGGGUAGUGGAUUGUGUUUAUGGUUGUAAGGGGGUGUUGGUUUCCCCUUAUCAUGGUGUCACAUGCCAACCGCUGCAGACACACAGCAGAAACACAGAUGGAGCGACCUCGACUGGGGAAGCGCACUUCACCUUUUCCUCUCAACCCCGUCUUUUCCCCCAUCAUUUCCUGCUCUUUGCUUUCAACAACCUCUUCUCCUAACAAUGUCCGGUGCUCUUUCCGUCAGACGUUCUUUCGUGCAGCCCGACAUCUUCUUUGACACCACUUUCCUGCUUUUAACGUUUCCUCCUCUCACGUUUUUUCUCACCAAUUAAUCCUCGGCAAUCUCUCUCCUAUCGCCUCUUAUCUUUUGGAUGGAUAGCUACUCCCUCCUCUACAGUUCCUCCCAACGAAGCGGACUUCUCUCCGGCUUCCAGCGCCUGCGCUCUCAGGGAAACAUGUGCGACGUCGUCCUGGAGGUCGACGGUGUGUCUUACCCGUGUCAUCGCGCCCUUUUGGCGAGCUCCAGCGAGUAUUUUUGGGCUCUGUUUGGAGAGACCACCGCGGAGAGAUUAGCGGGCUCCAUUAGCCUCCCGGCGCUAACACCUGAGGGUUUAGACACCGUUCUGGACUUCCUGUAUUCCGGGUGGCUCCGCAUAUCAUCGCCUACACUUCCUGUCGUCUUAGAGGCGGCCAGGUACCUGCAGGUGGAGACCGCCGUGUCCAUAUGCGAGCGCUUUAUGACGGACGGUUUGAACAAGGACAAUUGCUGUCGCUAUGCUAACCUGGCCGAGCAUCAUGCCCUCUCAGAUGCCCUUGAGGCUGCCAAUCAAACCAUCGCUACGGAGAUGCGGACGUUGGUGCAGGAAGGCAGGGACGACCUUCUCGGGUUGAAUAUGCAGUCGCUGAUGGCGGUGCUCGAUGCCGACGAGAUACCCGGCGUCAAGGAGGUGGAGCUCGUAAAGCUGGCUCUGGAUUGGCUGGAUGAGAACGGGCCCCUCCCUCUGCUGAAAUCCAACCUCCUGCUGAGUCACCUGCGCUUCGGAUUGGUCGCCCCGGCUGACCUCAACAGUCUCAGCCACAGGGCCAUGGCCACGCCUCUCAUCAGGAGUCAGCUGACUCGGGCCCUGGAGUACCACGGGCUGGGUUCAGCGCAGCCCAUCCGGCAGAGCAAACAGUCGACGCUCAGGGCGUCGCCCAACCACGUGCUGCUCGUGGGCGGAGGACGCAGCCCCGAUUGGCCGGAGCAGGAGAUGCUGGCGUUUGACCCAAGGAACAGGACAUUUUCACCCCUGAGCUCCGGCGUCCCGCUGCGACUGAGAAACCACUGCGCGGUCUCGGUGGGGGGUUUCCUCUUCGUGAUCGGCGGGGAGGAAGCGAACGGGGGAGGCGACGACGGGGCGAGGCCCCCCGCCGCGGCGACAUCCAAGCACGUGUGGCGCUACGAUCCACGCUUCGACCGCUGGGAGGCGAUGGAGCCCAUGCUGGAGAGGCGGGACCAGUUCACCUGCUGCGCGGUGGGCGAAGCCAUCUACGCAAUCGGCGGGCGACACACGCGGCCCGGCGACGACGCUCGCACAUCCGUGGCGUCCGUUGAGUUUUACGACCUGGCCACCGGGGCGUGGAGGAGAGGGGCGGCGAUGCCUCGCCCGCUUUACGGCCACGCUUCCGCCGUGCUCGACAACGGCGUCUACGUGUCAGGUGGACGUUCGUCCAGCCAGGGCGGCAGUAACCGCGGCGACCACCAAGAGGGCCGCGGAGACAGCAGCCGAGAAGUCCAGUUCUGGGACCUGAAGGGCAGAGUUUGGGAGAAGCGAGCGCCCAUGUCCAUCGGCAGGUUCGCGCACCGCAUGGCGGCGGCCCACGGGUUCAUCUACGCCCUGCUGGGGAUGUACGAGCCUUUCUGCGACAUCGAGCAAUACGACUCGCGGUCGGACCACUGGACCCGCCUCCGUCCGCUGCUCACCGGCUCCUUCGACUACGGGAUGGCGUCGACCCCGGCGGGGAAUCUGCUGGUGUUCGGCGGGAGGAGGUGGAGCGAUGGACGGCAGGUGAUAGUGAGGAGCGUGUUGGAGUACGACACGAAGACGGAUCGCUGGAGAGAGAUCUGCCAGCUGCCCAGACCUCUCGCUGGGGCCGAGUGCACGCUGCUGCCGCUGCCAGGCUGAAAGGGCGCGCGAAGACGUUCACGUCCGCGAAGACUGAAACCGUCUCACUUAUGGUUGAGACAAAAAUGAACAGAACCGAGCCGGUGUGAAAACAUUUAUACCGAAAACUAAGCUAAAAACCAAGAGACAGUUAGCUUAGCACCAUUACCGUAGCGUGAUUUUAGCACUUUGGCUUUUGUACGGAUUGUGCAAGUUACAUUUAACAUAAAUUUUACAGUGCAGAUUGUGUGACCUUCGUGCAAAGAUGUGCUUUUUUUCCCGUCUUACUCGUCCUUAACCUGAGCCAAGCUGUUCUUCCACAUGUUGUGGUUCCACAUUUUGGGAAAUAGACGGAUCUGCAUGUCAGAAAUCACUGGCAAGUUUGUGCUUUAAAUAUGGAGCUAAACGAGGAACCGGUUACCUUAAAGCACCUUUUGUAACAGUUAUUUUUAUGAGUUUCAGAGUCGUUUCUAGGCUCAUUCUCUCACCCUUCAAUGCGAAGCUAUAUCAAUUCAACUAAAAUCCAAAUCCCUGAAAACACCUGAAAGAAAAUCCAUUACCAUUCCAAAUGAAUAAAAUUAACUGACAAAGUGA